CAGCACGCAAACGACCCGACUUAUCACAGAUUCACGUGGUGGCUCCGUCCGAGCAGGGUGGGGCUGUUUUCAACUCAGAGCCAGUGCAGCUUUAUGGGUGAGAUUUCAAUAAAACAACAAAAUCAAAAUGGACAGAGAAGCAAGUCUGGACCGCGCCGAAACAUUCUCCUUCAUCAACCCAUGGAUCAGAUAUUUCCUCUUCUUCUUCAGCUUCUUGUUUUGGGUUUUCUCGUUGUUGAUUGUUGGAAUCGGGGUGUAUGCCAAAGUCCAGAAGGCUACAGAUACAGUACGGGACACGUUCCUGAUCGACCCCGCUGUCAUCCURAUUGUGGUGGGGGUGGUCAUGUUCUUCAUCACUUUCUGUGGCUGCAUCGGAGCCCUCAGAGAGAACAUUCGCCUCCUCAAGAYGUUUUCCUUCUGYCUGACGGUAGUCUUCCUCACUCAGCUGGCUUUAGCAGUUCUGGGCUUCUUUUACUCUGAUCAGUCAAGAGAUGCUUUUGGGAAGUUUGUGAAGAAAGCCAUCGUGCACUACAGGGAUGAUCUGGAUCUUCAGAACCUGAUGGAUUACAUCCAGAAAGAGUUUAAGUGUUGCGGGUGGAACAACUACACCGACUGGUCWUGGAACCUGUACUUUAAUUGCUCGCAAGAAAACCCCAGCUCCGAGCGCUGUGGAGUGCCUUACUCCUGCUGCACUCCGGUUCCUGGAGAGGCAGUGAUCAACACUAUGUGUGGGUUUGGAGUUCAAAUCCAAAAACACCCGGAUGUGAACAAGUCAAUCUACUCCGACGGCUGCGCAGAUCGAGCCGUGACGUGGAUCGAGUCUCAUCUGUUGCURGUGGGGGCUCUCACCCUGGGUCUGGCCUUGCCUCAGGUAACCCCACACAUGCACGCACUUAAUGUUUGUUGUGCACUAACGAGCAGCAGCCUCCUACCACAAACAAGACACUGUUCAGAGCCAAAAAUUACUAUGGAGUAGGACUCAACAUAUCGAUUGGACCUUUAAGGCAGACUCUCAACGGGGCAUUUGGAAAACAGUAAAAGCAACACUUCAUCAAUCAGGACCAUGCACCGAACCUGAAAUAAUGACAAAUUAAACCUCAGUUUGAGAACUUCCUACAAGUUCAAGUUCAGAGUGUCUGCUAUUCUACACGGUGAAAUAAAAAUAUAUCAGCAAAAGCCAGCCGGGGUUAAUGAGAACUUCAAGGGAAGGUGUCAUUUAAAAUAGAGGAUUUACAAAGCAAUAUUAAAGCACAAUGCAAUGAGAUUUUAACAGCAAAUUAUCACAAUGUGAGUAAAGAUUAUAGGUUAAUAUCUACUUUAAGUGAUAACAUUAUGUUUCUAAAACAAAAUCAUGCAGGUUUUCUCCUCAUGAAAAGUAGCUGCACUGCACACUUUCAAUCCCACCGCAGCGUCCUUUUAUGAUCCAAAGUCAACAUGGCAUCGCUUUAGCACUUAUCAGGAGCYGAGUUUAAAUAAUUAGUUCAGUUACUUCUCAAAUGUUCGGAGCACCAUCACACCACAUUCUCGCACGUGCCAUUGAAAUGCGAGUCUGAUCUCACUCACUCCGUGUUUGAUUGGGUCCCCGAUGAKUCUGCGAGGAAGGAAGCAUGUGAAUUUCUCAUAAGUCCUGUCAGAGUAAUUGCAUUAGUGUUCGGGUUCUGGUAGCUUUGAUGUUCGGUAGACGUGAUUGUGUUAGGACUAUCUUUGAUAAACACAUCAAAACCAUUUUAAAAACAAGUCACAUCAAACUUAACUGAAACCGUUAAAAACCUGCCUUUGAAUAUUUUCAUUUUGUAAACACUUUAUGAUACAAUUCCACUUGAGUUCUGUAAAUACGAGACUAAAUCAUUUCAAGUCCAAGCCAUUCUUAUUUGGAAAUACCUUCCUCAGAGUGCCAAACGAGAAUUAAACCAUCCUGCAGAGAGACCAUGGGAUGCUCAUUACAGGCUGCACAGUUACCAAGAGUCUGCUCUGUAAUCUAAAGUGGCUGCUGCUGUCCUCUAGAUUGCAGGCAUUGUGCUGUCCCAGAUCCUGAUCUCUCAGAUCCAAAAUGAGAUUACCUCGGUGUUUUGAGAGCGGAGGUGGAGGCGAGAAGAAAAGAACCCAGAGUCCUCUGACAAGUGCAAAUUCAUCAAAAGUGUAUAUCCUUUUCUUACUCUGCCGGUGCCUUUAGGAAAACUGGUUUGAUGCACUUAACCGAGUUACUUAAAAAUAGGUAUAUAUAGGAGGAAAGUGUAUAACGAUUUAAAUGUUUUUGACUUGUAAAUGUAUUAAAAUGUGAUGUAUUUGUUAAUAAAAUGUUUAUUCUUUUUGUUUCAGGCAAAAGUUACAGAGAAAUCCACUUUAUUGAUCUAGUGGUCAGAUUUGAAUCUCAGCCGUACGGGUUUUUAUAAUAUUUCUGAGCCAUGCAAGCAUUUUAAACACUAAACCUGCUGACUUCUUACAACCAUGCUAAUUUUUGCAAGAAGCUAGUUAACUAAAAAUAACAUUUAUAACACAAUAUUAGAGAGAUCCACAGUUA